AUGGAGCCACCUCCGGGAAGAUCGAAACGUCUCCAUAACUUCACCUUACCUUAUCUCCGUUGGGGUCAACAGAAAUUCCUCAGAUGCGUCAAUCUACCACCAUCAAAUUCACAACAACACCACCGAUCUCAACAUUUCCCUUCUUCUUCUUCGUCUCCCGAUCAAAACAGAUCCGUCGCCAUUGCUGGAGUUUCAAACGAGAAGCUUAGAAAUGGAGCGAAGAGCGGUGAGGUAGUCGAGGCGGCUGCUCCGCCGUGGAAUCUGAGGACGAGAAGAGCUUUGUGUAGUGAGCCCGGAGACGAAUCGCCGACGAAGAUCGCCGGAAAUGAAAUUGGCGUGAAGAAUGACGAAAUUGAGAAGAACGAGAAACUGAAAUUCUCGGUUUCGUUGCUGAAAGAGGAAAUUGAAGACGAUUUCUCAAUUAUAAUUGGGAAAAGACCUCCGAGGAGACCUAAGAAGAGACCGAGAAUUGUUCAGAAGAAAUUGAAUACGAUUUUUCCUGGAAUGUGGUUGGCAGAAGAAGUAACAACAGAUGCAUAUAAUGUGCCUGAAGCUGUGGAAACGUGA